AUGGCAACUCCCAAGCAGGUGACAAAGAAGGCGUCGAAGAAGCACGGCGGCAGCCGCUCCGCCAAGGCGGGUCUGAUCUUUCCCGUGGGUCGCGUGGGCUCACUGCUGCGUCGCGGUCAGUACGCGCGCCGCGUUGGUGCGUCUGGUGCAGUGUACAUGGCGGCCGUGCUGGAGUACCUGACCGCUGAGCUGCUGGAGCUCUCCGUGAAGGCGGCGAGCCAGCAGGCAAAGAAGCCAAAGCGCCUGACACCCCGCACGGUGACACUCGCUGUGCGCCACGACGAUGACCUUGGUGCACUGCUGCAGAACGUGACGCUGUCACGCGGUGGUGUGAUGCCAAGCCUACACAAGGCACUGGCAAAGAAGCAGAAGAGCAGCAAGAAGGCAAAGGCGACUCCCAGCGCUUAG